AUGAGCAUCGCACCUAGCACAAGCUCGAUCAAGUCCACCUCCAGCUCCUACGCCACCCUCCUCUGCAAGAGUGAACAGUGCUCCGACGCCAACUUGCACGCCGAACGAUACCAAGAUGCACAGUUGUCUCAAUUGACUGUCACCUCGGCUACCGAGUCAGCGACUGAAUACCCUGACAACACGACUGCGGCCGCUACCACUACCGCCCCGAAGGACCAUUGUGACUACAAGUCGGUAACCGCGACUGCUUCGUCCGACAGCACCAAUAAAACUCCAUUAACCAGCAGCACGUCUAUAACUACGCAGACUUUUACUUCGAUUUCAGCUACCCCCACGACAUCGACGUAG